UUCUCACAACAAAUUUCAUUCUAUUCUCUAAUAGAGAAAUAGCAAUAUUAUUUGUUUAUUGAGCUGCAUAACAAUCAGUCAUGAGGACUAGUAGCUUUAUUGCAUGUAUUGCUCUGGUAGUCUUGUGUUCGACCCUUGCGAAUGCGCAGCUCAGUUCAACGUUCUAUGAUACGACGUGUCCCAAGGCACUCUCUACUGUCAAAGCUGCGGUGAAAGCAGCGGUCGCCAACGAAAAGCGCAUGGGCGCAUCUUUGCUCCGCCUUCACUUUCACGACUGUUUUGUUAACGGAUGUGAUGGGUCGAUUCUGUUGGAUGAUUCGUCAAGCCUCACGGGAGAAAAAACUGCGAGGCCCAACGCAAACUCAGUUAGAGGAUUCGACGUUGUUGACACAAUUAAAUCUAAUGUGGAGGCCGUGUGCAGUGGAGUUGUGUCUUGUGCUGAUAUUGUGGCCAUUGCUGCUCGUGAUUCAGUGGUCGAAUUAGGAGGACCUUCAUGGACAGUACAACUCGGGAGGAGAGACUCAAAAACUGCAAGCCUGAGCGGUGCAAACAACAACAUUCCUGCACCCACAUCCAGCCUCAGCGCUCUUAUCUCCUCUUUUAGUAAUCAGGGUCUUUCCACAAAGGAUAUGAUUGCCCUCUCAGGUGCUCAUACAAUUGGUCAAGCGCGGUGCACAAACUUCAGAACCCACAUCUACAAUGAAACCAACAUCAACAGUGCAUAUGCUACUUCUGUGAAGGCUAACUGCCCAAGCGCUGGUGGUGACAAUAACUUGUCGCCUUUAGAUGUCCAAACUCCCACCGCCUUUGAUAACAAAUACUACGCAAAUCUUCAAAGCCAGAAAGGACUUCUUCACUCUGACCAGGAGCUCUUCAAUGGAGGCUCUGCUGAUUCUCAAGUGACUACGUAUUCUAACAAUCAGAAUACCUUCUUUAGUGAUUUUGCAGCAGCCAUGGUGAAUAUGGGAAACAUAAACCCUCUGACUGGUAGCAGCGGAGAAGUCAGAAAAAAUUGCAGGAAGCCCAAUUAGAGAAUAUACCUAGUUGGAUAAAGUUAUGCAUUAAAUGAAUGUCAUUAUAUGUUUCUGUAGAAGACUGCGUCAUUGUUAUAAAUUUAUCACAGACCACGUAGCAUAUUUGCCACAUGCGAAGCAUCUGGGAGUAUAAUGUACCGAGUCCAUUUAAAUUAUUAUUAUUAUUGGUAUUGGUAA